UGGCAAUCGUGGUAUUCGGACACGUGUGUGUAGACGUGUGACGUCUGUUUCAGUCUGCAGCUAUACUCCGGGUCGUUCGCUCCUUCACUUGAAACAGUUGUUAUCUUCUCUCUAGCGCGCAUUAUAGGAUGCAUAGCAUCUAUGCUCGAGUAAAUGGCGUAUCCGCUCUUUGGUCAACGUGUGUUAUGGUUUUGCUUGCGGCUGUAGCUCUUUCCUCCUUCCUCUUCAAUGCGGAUCCUAAGGGUAGCCUGGAUGUUGUUUCCCUGAAGGUGUUCCACUCUAAAACAAGGCGCUAUCCUUUCAGAAACGAGGAAAUUGGUUUUGUUAAAUUUAACCUUUCGGCCGACUUGACACCACUUUUCAACUGGAACACGAAGCAGUUAUUCGUGUACCUUGAGGCAGAGUACACGAACGCACAAGGGGUCAACAACACUGUCGUUGUCUGGGAUCGCAUUGUGCGGAGAAAAGAGGACGCUACGAUCGACAUUGUACAGAAAGACAAGUACAGACUUCGCGACCUGUCGGGCUCUUUCAGUAACGUACUUCCUGCUCAAUAUUCGCUCAAAUAUAAUGUCAUGCCGUAUGUCGGCGUGCUCAGCUAUGGAGAAGCUGCCCGAACGGUGGAGGCUAUCGAUUUCCCUGACGCUCGAGACUCCGUGUCAUGAGGGUCAUUUGCCAACUGGGACUCUACAUCGCCUUGAUUGGAAGAGGCAGCCAGACUCACGAUCUAGUUACAUAACUAUAUCGCGGACAUUGAGUCUUGAACUACGAGAUGUACGACGAGGUUUCAGCAUGAAUUGAGAGUACAAUCAUUCAAAGGCCAGGCAAGUGAUGUGUGUAUACUUUUUUUAUUUUCUGGAGCUUAGUAUCAAGUACGAGGUUUAAGAGUCUCUUGGGCGAGUCUGAGAGUUCCAGCGAGCGGUAACCAUAGUUGGAAAGUAAUUGUGCGAUUUUUUUUGGUGAAAAGUUACAGAUGGGGAAGUUGCCCCCUCGUUGUUCUGUAGCUUCGGUGACAAUAGUGCUAAGCGGACCGCAGUCGCAAAACAAACAUCCCUAC